AAGCAUUAUUAUUUGAAAUUUGGUUUCGAGGAGUCGGCUCUCUAUUUCUGUCACAUUUCGUGACAGGUAGCGCGGAGCAUUGCCUUGUUCUGUAAGCCUAGGUUGAGUUAGUUAGUGGCCGUUUUGUGGGUUUUCCGCUGCUUGAAGUUAUUCCGCGCUGUGUUAAUGCUGUUUCUGGUGGACGCUGUGAGUAGUAUAUAUGGUUUUCAAGCCUGAAUUUGAUUACGAUUGCUGGAGUAGGGGCGGUUGUUGAUGAGGCAGCGAAGGAGGUUUGACUGGGGAGUAAGACCUGUUCACAGAGAGUGGUGAGUUUAUGAGAGACUGAACAUUUUGAGCAGGGUACUGUGGAUGUUGGAGGAGAGGUAGUUGAUUUAAUUUAGAGACAGUGAUCAUUUUGCGUCACAGGUGGCCUGCCGGGUUUCUGCGAAGAGAUGUCAUCGUUUAGGAGGCCCAAAACGGAGGCUACGUUACGAUUGUACAACUUGCCGCGUCGUGAGCUUCAAGCUCUGUGCAAACAAUAUGGUAUUCCUGCGAAUAAGACCAAUGUCGCCAUGGCAGACGCUCUCUCCGCGUGUGUGCCGGCCGAUACUGGGAAAUCCAAAGCGUCAGCGGGCAUGACUUCUCUUGGGGUUUCGAAAACUACACCUAUGAAGCACAAGUUGGAAAAGAAGACAGGAUUGCCGGAGACAUCAUUGGCGUCAUUGAUCUUGAAUGGCAAGAAAAAGAUCUCGCCUCUAAAAACUGCUGAUAAGCUAGUCCCAGUUGGCACCGAUGAGGCCAGUUUUCCCCUACCAAACACCACGCCCUUGAAGCGAGUGAAGAGGUCGGAUAGAUCACUCCAGGUGGUCCCUGAGGAUAAAGAGAAGGUUACGAUUGUCCCUGCUCUCACGAGAGCUGCAGCUUUUCUGGACAAAAUUCCGAAAGCCGCACCUGCACCCUUGUAUGAAAAGUACGGGAAUUCAACAACCGCGCUGAGCAGCCCUAGCACACGAGCACUCACUCCGAGGAAGCGACCCGCGGAGGCUUCUGCAACUGUGACUAGAAGGGGCGGGGAUGCCCUUCCACCAGUCUCCUUUUCUGAUCUGCUUGCAACGCCCAAAGCAUCCAAGCCUCAGGUCCCUGAAGUCAUUGUGUUGAAUUCCACGGGAAAAACCGCCCAGAAGAUGAAGUCUAGGCUCGGUCCCAUGAAAUCACCGCCGGAGGAAGAGACCACAUGUCCAGCGCCUACUGAAGCUGGUGUGGUGAAAAAAGUUUCCAGAGGCAAGAGGGUGGCCUUUGCUGACGAGGUUGUGCCCAAGAAAAGCGCAACUAAAGAACCAGAGCCCCAGCCUGAACCCGAGACGGAGACUCUUGAGUUGCCGUCUGCCGAAAUCGAAUUCAAGAACUCAGCUCUACACAAGGAACUUUUUGGACUUCCAAAUAGCAUUACGAAGGAAGAACAACUCGUUAACUCUCCAGCACCGACUGAGGAACGCUGUGAAGAUAUUCCAGCAGGCCCUCGUGAAACAGGAUUUGAAUUCAGGGACAUGGCUCUCCACAAAGAACUCCUUGGAUCACACCCGAACCUCGAGUCCAAUUCUCAAGGGUCCACGCUCCCGCUUCACGAUCCGGGUCAAUCCGGAGCCUCUCCCACUGCCACUGAAUGGGCAUCGUCAGCGUGCGGGAGUUUGACUCCUUCGUUGACUCCACCUGCAGCUGGGCUUAACAACGCUACACCAGCUCAAGGUGGCUCAAUUCGUCCCAGUGAGGAUGCAUGUGGCCGUUCUACAACUAGUGUGGAAGUUUUGGAGCCACCCCACCGGGAGCUACCAGGGAGUCGUCAUCUAGGUUCCCUCGUGGACGCCUUGUCCCCUGACAAGCUUGCAGAGAGCCAGUGUGUGCAGACAGUGGAAGCAUCAGAUCAUAGCCAUGCAGACACGACUGCCUUUCGGCAUAGAAUGGAGGAUGACACCAAUUUGGCGGUUGCACAGUCUACUGUGGCACCUACUGCUGUUGUGCAUGCAGUCACUGAUCAAGAACGAGAUGUGGAGGAUGGGCUGCGAGGAAAUUCUGAGAUUCUCGAGGUCUGCACCCUUUUGAAUGGCAGGAUGGACAUCUCGUGUGAGACUAGUACUGUUGAGGAAGGGUGUGUGAGCUCCACCCCGGAGUUGGACAAAGCACAGAAAAUUCUUACUGGUUCCACACCUACAUCCGAUGAACUACCGGGAUUCCAUCGUGGAUCGGCUCAGAAGGGAGAGGCAACAGUUUCACUCCCUACCGCAUCAGCGAAAGCAGUAGCUGUUGCUGGUGCAGAGCUGCCAACUUCAGUAUGCAGGCUUAGUGUCCAGAUUCCUGUGACUCCCGUGAGAACAGUCAACUCGAACUCCGCCUCAAGCCUUGCGGAGGCAGUCACGCCGUUGACGAAGAUCCAGAGUAACAUAGACUGCACUCUUGCCAAAGCCACUUCCAUACUGGAAAAACUAGCAGCCUGGAGAGCGGACGCGGAGAAGAAGGUGCGAGAGGGUUACUGGGAGCCUAAGUUCUCAUCAGUUGUAGAUGGAUCUCCUCCGACUGCCGUGUUUAAGACGCCCGUCACCAAGACGGUACCUGAUAGGGAUCUGCGCAGCGCAAAGAAGGCAAAAUUGAUUCCGAAGGCUACCAUAGGUUCAGAAAAUGGAUUCGUUAUCUGUGAAGAUGCAAACAUUGUGUGUGAAGGUGAGGUGCCGAGUGCCCAGAAAAUGCGCUCUUCAGAUGAAUUGACGUCGAAUAAGGAGAAUCAAAGCGAUGUUGCAAGUAAGGUCGGCGGUCAGGGCAAAGAGAAAAAGAAGGGUAAGAAAUUUGAAGUUCUGAAAGAUCGCUCCACGAAUUCGUCAGAUGAGAGCGCGCAUGCAACCGGUAGAGUGGGUACUGGUCCAGUUCGUCCCGAAGAUAUGAGCUUGCGCAAGCUACGGGCUACCGUCAAGGAGCGGGUCCGACAGAUGGAGUCAUUUAAAACUUGUGUUACAAGAGCACAAAAAGGCUAGAUCAUUGCGCACUGAACUACAGCAUCGGCGAAUUGGUUCAUAUUGUGGGUGCCCGUUAGUACCGAUUGGAUAUUCCGCCAUGGUUUGAAAAUUUUGUGGGCACUGCGAUUUUCGACAGUAACUGAACCCGAUACCGACUCCAAGUGAAGGAAUCCGCAUACUGAAUAAGCUCAUCUUGGUCAAGGAACGCAGAUGGAGCCAGUGUCUCAGUGAGCAGCAACAGCCAGAUUCGUAGAAGCAAGAGGAAUUCUGAAGUUUGCGACCGUGUACAUAGUAUUCUGUGAUCGAAAUCAGCUGUUAGCAGUCUACAGCUCCGAAUUUCAACUACAGUUGAUGUCGGAGUUGAUCACAGAAGCAAUAGACAAUUGUUAUGGUGAAAACUGAACAAUGGUUUAGUGAUUAUCCGUGGGAAUCAGAGAACACUACUUUGACGAUUAUCACCCCACAUGCAAUGUUAAAUUGAAAUGCAAAUGUUAUGUGAAUUUUCCUACAGCUUUACCUGA